CUGCCCUCGUUCACUCCUAGGCACAUCUUCUAUCCUGUUUCUCUUGUUUCUUCGACUAAUCCUCGGUUUAGUUUCUAUUGAGUGAUUCCUCAAAAUAAAAAAAAGGAUAACAAGUUAAAAUCUAGCUAGGAGUUGAUCAAGUUUUUUGCAGUUGCCUGGGUUCUUUUAGUUUUCUGACCAAUAUUGAUUAGAUGGGUCUCACUUCACUUCAAGUUUGCAUGGAUACUUCAGAAUGGCUUCAUGACGCAGUUCACAAGGAAAACGGACUAGAUCAUUCUUCAUCACCAUCAGGAGGAGAUAUGAUAAGUGCAUGUUCCAGACCUGCUAUGUUAGAGAGAAGAUUAAGACCACCACAUGAUCAUGCUCUAAAAUGUCCUAGAUGUGAUUCAGCACAUACAAAGUUUUGUUACUAUAACAAUUAUAGUCUAUCUCAACCAAGAUACUUUUGUAAGACAUGCAGAAGGUAUUGGACUAAAGGAGGUUCACUGAGAAACAUCCCUGUUGGUGGUGGUUGUAGAAAGAAUAAUAAAAGAGUUUCAUCAGCAUCAUCGUCCAAGAAAUCAACACCCACAUCACCCUCAAACGAUCAACUCCAUCAAACCCUUAAUCAACUUUUGUCGGUUAAUUCAUCGCCUAACAACGGUUCGACAACAACCGAUUUGCAUCUUUCGUUUCCUCAUGAACAUCAUUCACAGUUAUCAUCACAUUUUUCUACAUUAUUCGGUAACUCGUCUUCUAGUGGAGGAGUAGAGCUUGGGAAUCUAAGUAGUUUCAUGGAAAACAAAUAUAAUGCAUUGUUAGAUAACCCAAUUAGACAAGUUGAUUUUAUGGAGUGUACUAAAUACGACAAGAUUGUAGGAAACCCAGCUAGUUCAAGUAUUAAUAACCAUGAUUUUAUGAGUAACAGUGGUGAACCUAGUAGUGACGAGCACUUGGGUAAUCUCCUUGCUGGAUUAGGAAACCAUCAUCAUCAUCAUAAUCAUAAUGGAUUUAAUACAAAUUCUUCAAACUUUAAUAGCCUUAAUCCAUUCGGAAACAACUAUGAUUGUGAAUCAUCUUUGAUGAUGAUGAACAACUCGUGUCAAAGGCUAAUGCAGCUUCCAUUUGAUCGCAAUCAUCAAGGAAGUAGCGACGGCGUCAUCGAUCAAGAUCACGUUGAUGGAUAUGACGUGAAGCCCAACAAACACUUUUUAUCUCUGGAUCAAUGGCACGAUCACAAUAAUAAUAAUAACCAACAAGGAUGUCCUGAUGUACUUGGGAAAGAUUCAUUUGGUUAUAACAAUUUCAAUAGUCUUGGUUCGUGGCCUGGCGCAGCCGUUGCUAUGUUGAAUGGUUAUGGCUCAUCUCAUCAGCAAGCAAACUCAUUAGUAUAGUUAAACUCAUCAGCCGUCCUGUUUCAUUAAUUCCACACUGAUUUUUAAGUUAGUUUUUCGUGUUUUUCAUGAUUUUACUCACGGAAAUUUUAUGAAAGGGUAUGAGUUCGAGAGAAUGAACAAAAGACAAAAGUAUGAGAAGCACUCAGUGUUAACUAGUUUCAGUCUCUUCUUUUUUUCUUUUCCGGGUUUUAUUAUCUUGAUGUUAUUUGGUUUGGAAUAGCAGCGUUCUGUUGUCAUAGUUAUGUACUAGAAAUUAGUAAUGAGAAUGAUAGUAUAAUAUGAAUGCAGUUGCUUUUUUAGACCAAUAUGUACUUGUAAAAAUAUGCGUCUUCUCUUUACACAUUUUUGUAUUGGGUUUUCUGUGAGGACUCGAAUAGAGAGCUAAACCAAAGAAAAGGAAGAUG